CUGGUACACUGGGCCAGUCAGCAGCAGGAUCAGGAUGAGAAGAUGGCUGGCUGUGUGUUUCCAAUGGGACCAGAGAGCUUUCAGCGCUUCACGCCGGACUCCCUGGCGGCCAUCGAGCAGCGCAUCGCCCAGGAGCGGGCACGACGCAACAAACACUACCAGGAGGACCUGGGUGACGUGGUGCUCCCCCGGCGCCGGCCCGACCUGGAGGCAGGGAAACAGCUGCCGCGAAUCUUUGCCGACAUCCCGUCUCAUCUGGUUGGCGUUCCCCUGGAGGACAUCGACCAGUACUACUUCAAAGGCAAGAGGACCUUCAUAGUCCUGAACAAAGGGAAGGCCAUUUUCCGCUUCAAUGCCACGUCCGCUCUCUACAUCUUCAGUCCCUUCAACCCUAUCCGCAGAAUCUCCAUCAAGAUCCUGGUGCAUUCAUUAUUCAGUCUGUUCAUCAUGUGCACCAUCCUGACCAACUGCUGCUUCAUGGCCAUGUCAGAACCGGCGUACUGGGCCAAGUACCUGGAGUACACCUUCACAGGUAUCUACACCUUCGAGUCGUUGAUAAAGAUCCUGGCGAGGGGGUUCUGCGUGGGGCCCUUCACCUUCCUGAGGGACCCCUGGAACUGGCUCGAUUUCAGCGUCAUUGUCAUGGCAUAUGUCACUGAGUUUGUGGACCUGGGUAAUGUGUCAGCCUUACGGACGUUCAGGGUGCUGCGAGCGCUCAAAACCAUCUCUGUCAUCCCAGGCCUGAAGACGAUCGUGGGCGCUCUGAUCCAGUCGGUGAAGAAGCUGGCGGACGUGAUGAUCCUCACCGUGUUCUGCCUGAGCGUCUUCGCCCUCAUCGGCCUGCAGCUGUUCAUGGGGAACCUGCGGCAGAAAUGUGUCCGCAACACGGCACACUGCCUCAACGACAGCAUGUCCGCCAACGCCUCCUUCCUCUGCAACAACAAGACCUGGGCGUCGCUGCACGACUUCAUCAGCGAUGAGGACAACUUCUACAAAGUGGAGGGAGCCAAGGAUGCCUUAAUCUGUGGGAACAGCAGCGACGCAGGGAAGUGCCCGGAUGGUUUUGACUGUCUGAAGGCGGGCAGGAAUCCAAACUACGGCUACACCAGCUUCGACAGCUUCGGCUGGGCCUUCCUGUCUCUGUUCCGCCUCAUGACGCAGGACUACUGGGAGAACCUCUACCACCAGACGCUGCGUUCUGCAGGUAAGACCUACAUGGUGUUCUUUGUGGUGGUGAUCUUCCUGGGCUCCUUCUACCUGGUGAACCUGAUCCUGGCCGUAGUGGCGAUGGCGUACGAAGAGCAGAACCAGGCCACCAUCGCUGAGGCCUGCCAGAAGGAGCGCGAGUUUCAGGUUGCCAUGGAGAGGCUGAAGAAGGAGCAGCAGAAGCUUCUGGACUCGGACUCGAUGAUGUCACCGGAUCUGUCCCCAUUCGUCCUCCCAUUGGACGGAUCGGAGGAGAGGAGGCGGAGCCAGGCGCUGGUGGGCGUGGGCGACGUGGAGGCGAACCUAUCAGAGGAGAAGCUGCUGCAGGUGGACUUGAUGGAGGGGGGGAAGCCCCUCCACCCCCUCCUGGGCCGCUCCUUCUCCUCCAGGACGCGGAGGAGCAGUCAGGUGUCCUCCAUCUUCAACUUCCGCCUGCGGAGUCGGGGCUCGGAAGGGGAGAUGGCUGACGAUGAGUACAGCGUGCCGGGGGACGUGACGGAGGGCGUGGGGGGGCGCACCUACAGCGGUGGCACCUUCAGUGGCAUCCUGCCCCACCCCUGGCCCAAACGCAGGCCGAGCACCUACAGCAACGCCAGCAGGAACUCCCAGGUAUUUUAUCCAACUUUAAACGUCAACGGGAAGCUGUUCGUGGCCAUUGACCAGAAUGGGGUUUCCCCCCCACCUCUGCAAGGGCAGCUGCCCGCCUGCACCAUGGAGAAGCUGGAGGAGGCCCAUAAGAAGUGCCACCCGUGCUGGUACGUGUUCGCCCACAAGUACCUGGUGUGGGAGUGCUCCCCCUCCUGGCUGAGGCUGAAGCAGCUGGUGAACAUCAUGGUGAUGGACCCCUUCCUAGACCUGGCCAUCACCGUGUGCAUCGUCCUCAACACGCUCUUCAUGGCCAUGGAGCACUACCCCAUGACCGACGAGUUCAACGGCAUGCUGAGCAUCGGCAACCUGAAAGUCGAGGUGAGUUUGAGUAUUGGAUCUGACAGAACCGGGUCGGGUGUUUUACGCAGCGUGACUAACGCCGUGUUCGACCCCGCAGAUUUCAACAGCUGCCUGGGCCUUAGGAGAAAUGCAACCUCCAUCUGUGCGCGUGCACCCAAGGGUCAAGAGUCUACCUUGCUCAAGGCCUUCACCAGAGCCAUCAACCACCGGAAGCGGGGACCAAAGGACCGAGCAUCACUAACAGCGGCCCCUCCCAUCUGGUCCCUGGCACAAGAUAUAACAUACACUCCGCCGUGA